CGCCCUCCAAACGCGGACGGGGUAUAUAUAGAGCGGCAGUUUGUUGGGAUCAGUACAGACUCAUCUACCUGAGACGUCGUCAAAAAUACAAACAUGAUCUCCAAAGUCACCCUCGUAUUUUUGGGCAUGGCUGCCCUGGUAGUAGCCGACAGCUUCGAAAGCUUCGAGAGAUACGCCCCACCAAGGAGGUUCUCCUCUGGCUCUGCUGAGUCCUUCGAAUCCGGCGAAGCCAAGUACAACUUCAACUGGGCCGUCGACCACGCCCCCUCCCGCAACAACUUCGGACACCAGGAAGCCCGCGACGGCGAGAACACCCAGGGAUCCUACUACGUCCACCUCCCCGACGGUCGCCUGCAGAAGGUGUCCUUCGUCGUCGAUGGUGACGACGGAUACGUCGCCGAUGUGACCUACUCCGGUGAGGCUCAGUUCCCCGACUCCGACGAAUCCUUCGAGUCCCGUGAGGCCCCCAGGAGGUUCUACUACGACUCCAACGAGUCCAAGUAAAUCCCAAGACCCGACUCCCGAAUCCACUUGAACCCUAAGACCAAAUAUUCUCGACGGAAGGAGGAAUCCUUCCUGAGGGCCAAUGCUUUUCCUUAUUUUCUCAUCAAACUCCUUUUCUUCUUGGAAAACCCUCAGUCAGUAUUCAUGCUUAUUUAUUUAUUUAAUGAGUAAACUUUGAAACGUAA